CAAGAUGCAUCUGCAGUUAUUCCUCAUCUUAAUAGUUUGUCUUCUUGUUUUCCAAGUCGAAGCUGAGCAACUAAUAGAAAAUGGCAAUGCAACUGAUAUCCCAAAAAAUGUCACUAAAAAAAGACGCAUUCGAAUGCUACGAAAGUUGCAUAAAAACCAAGAGGAGGAUAAGGGAAUGAUGCGUAUAGUCAUACACAAGGUUCAAUCUGGAGAUCCCUACUACAAGGUGUUUGAUGGAGACGAAGGGGCAGCUCGGGGAUUCACCAAUAAGGUUUGGAAUCGUCUUCUGAACCGCUACAGCACUAUGCAGAUAUAA